GGAGGGCGGAGUGUUCGUAAAGUGCUGCUCCGAUUGGGGAAGAGAUGGCGUGCUUGUUGGAGUCCCCUCUCCGCAUCAGCGUGUUAUCUGAGGUCACAGCCACCAGCCGCCAUUAUGUUGACCGGCUGUUCCACCCCGAUCCACAGAAAGUGCUGCAGGGAGUCAUUGACAUGAAGAAUGCUGUCAUCGGAAACAACAAACAGAAAACCAACCUGAUUGUCCUGGGAGCUGUGCCCAGGUUACUGUACCUGCUCCAGCAGGGCUUAUCCAGCUCUGAGCUGAGGACAGAGGUGCUGGGCUCAGAACUGAGGACAGAGGGUGCGGUGGUGCUGGGCUCAGAGCUGAGGACAGAGUGUGCGGUGGUGCUGAGUACAGAGUGUGCGGUGGUGCUGAGUACAGAGUGUGCGGUGGUGCUGGGCAGUCUGGCCAUGGGCACCGAGAACAACAUCAAGUCCCUGGUGGACUGUCACAUCAUCCCUGCUUUACUGCAAGGUCUCGUAUGUCCAGACCUGAUCUUCAUCGAGGCUUGUCUUCGCUGCCUCAGGACAGUCUUCAUCAGUCCAGUCACCCCAGUGCAGCUGCUCUACACUGACCCCACUGUGAUUCCCCACUUGAUGUCCCUGCUGAGUCGGUCUCCACAGACGCAGGACUACACCACCCAGAUCUUCUCCCACUGCUGCAAGAGUCCAGAGCAUCAGACGGUUCUGUUUAACCACGGGGCGAUCCAUAACAUUGCUCCCAUGCUCAUCUCUCCCUCCUAUAAGGUACGUAUGCAGGCAUUAAAAUGCUUCUCAGUCCUGGCCUAUGAGAACAUUCAGGUCUCCAUGACAUUGGUGAAUGUGCUUGUUGAUGGGGAUCUGCUCUCUCAGGUAUUUGUCAGAAUGUUGCAAAGGGAUCAGCCCAUUGAAAUGCAGCUCACAGCAGCCAAGUGUCUAACAUACAUGUGUCGAGCGGGAGCCAUCAGAACAGAUGACAGGUGCAUUGUUUUAAAGACCCUGCCGUGUCUGGUGAGGAUGUGCAGUAAGGAGUGUCUGUUGGAGGAGCGUGUGGAGGGGGCAGAGACCCUGGCCUACCUGAUGGAGCCUGAUGUGGAGCUGCAGAGGAUCGCCAGUGUAACAGACCACCUAGUGGUCACGCUGGCUGACUACUUCAAAUAUCCCAGCUCUGUCAGCGCCAUCACUGACAUCAAGAGGUUGGAUCACGACAUGAAGCACGCACAUGAGCUGAGGCAAGCUGCCUUCAAGCUGUACGCCUCACUGGGCUCCAACGAUGAAGACAUCCGCAAGAAGAUCACAGAGACCGAGAACAUGAUGGACAGGAUAGUGAGCGGCCUGUCAGAAUCCAGCAUCAAGGUGCGGCUAGCAGCCGUCAGGUGUCUUCACAGUCUGUCCCGGUCAGUCCAGCAGUUGAGGACUAGUUUUCAUGACCACGCAGUAUGGAAACCCCUUAUGAAGUUGUUACAGAACGCUCCAGAAGAGGUGCUGGUCAUGGCCUCUUCUACACUAUGCAACCUGCUGCUGGAGUUCUCACCAAGCAAAGAGCCUAUCCUGGAGUCAGGGGUGAUAGUGUUAAUGUGCGGUCUGACCCAGAGUGACAGUUCAGCCCUGAGGGUCAACGGCAUUUGGGCUCUCAUGAACAUGGCGUUCCAAGCAGACCAGAAGUUGAAAGGGGAGAUUGUGAGAGCUUUGGGGACGGAGCAGCUUUUCCGUCUGCUCUCUGACCCGGACACUAACGUCCUGAUGAAGACCUUGGGCCUGCUACGGAACCUGCUCUCCACACGACCUCACAUAGACCAGAUCAUGAGUUCCCAUGGGAAGCAGAUCAUGCAGGCGGUCACUCUGAUCCUGGAGGGGGAACACAGCAUCGAGGUCAAGGAGCAGACACUCUGCAUCCUAGCCAACAUUGCUGAUGGCAACACAGCCAAGGAACUCAUCAUGACCAAUGACGACAUCCUCCAGAAAAUCAAAUAUUACAUGGGUCACUCUAAUGUGAAGCUCCAGCUGGCAGCAACAUUCUGUAUCUCCAACCUGAUCUGGAAUGAGGAGGACAAUGAGGCCGAUGCCAUGACAGGCUGCCAGGAGCGUCAGGACAAGCUGAGGGAGUUGGGCAUUGUAGACAUUCUGCACAAACUCACCCAGGCCUUAGACCCCAACCUCUGUGAAAGGUGUGACACACACGUGCGCGCUCAUUAUGUUGUAGGAUAGUGUACUGACUCUCUCCGUCUCUCUCAGGGCGAAAACAGCGAUGCAGCAUUAUAUGGCGUGACCCCACGGGAGCAGUCUCAGAUUUUGUUGCCCCUAACAACACAACUAACAAACCAACCGCCUGCCAGGAGGAGACCUGCCUCCUUGCUGCCAUUGUUUUGUUCUAAUCUCCUUCACUUUAAUAUUCAGUUUUUGUUUGGUUGCACAAAGACACCUUUUGAGCUGCAGCGACAGAGCCCCCUUCCUCAUCACCCCAAUACUGACCCCCAUCCCAGCCGGAGACUUUAAGACAAGGUUGGAUGGGGAAACGAGCACUUGCUGCUCACCAACAGUUACUGGGGGUAGGUUUCAUUAGUAGUAUUUUUUUAUGCAAAGAGGUGAAGAUUUUGUUUCUUGGACUUGAUGUGAAUGAAGAAAGGAUUAGUAGUGUGCAGUACAGCAGCCAGCCAUCGCAGCACAACGCCACCUUGUGGCCAGGAGGCCUUGGUACUUUUGGACUCGUUAUUGAGGAGAUGGACAGAAAGACGUCACAGAGCCAGGCUAAAGGGUCUGACGGACUAAAGGGUCUGAUGGAGAGGCCAGGGUUGUGGGAGUAUCGUUUCCUCUUGGUUUAAUUUAGCUAAUUAUUCACUUGAUAUUAUUAUUAUUUGAAUGGCUUUGUCACAAGAGGACACGUUUGGGUAAAAAAGACUGUUAAUUUUUCUUUUUGUGUGUGCAUACAUCCCUCGUAAAUAUAUAUAAACAUAUAAAUAUAUUUUUGGAAUUCG